GUCAAGAGCGGCGUGUGCGAAGAUGACUGUGCAGGAAAGCCAGUCAGUCGCACUUCGCAGCCGAAGCCGUUGAUUUAAAACGCGAACAACCGGCGAGGUUCAAUGGGCGUAUCUGCUUAUUACCCCAUUUAAUUGCCGUCGUUCGUUCACUGGUUUCCCCAGCUGAAUAAGAAACAACAAAUAGUUUGCGUAAAUUUGUGAGUGAAUAUUGGCGGGCAGUAUUUAUCAGUCUAGAAUUGUAUAAAUGUUAACACGAAAAUAACAUUAUUCGAAAGCACUGAUAAGGCCCCGGGGGCGAACAGAAAUUGAAAUGGAAACUACAUUGUCCGAAAGCCAGCAGCCGGUUGUCAGUAGCACGCAGAGAAUCGUCGACUACGGAAGCACAAUCCGCCCGGAAUCCCAGCGCCGACCUUCAUUUGUUUUCAUCGAAUCCCCGCGUCGGUAUACGAAAAUGAGCCACCACACCGCGUCCCAGGAUCGCCUCCAGCGUGUGGAGUACUUCCUCAAUGUUCUCAACCAGAUGUGUAUCGGAUUCAUUACCAUCUACAUUUCAUAUCUGACUCUACGGACCGGAUUAGAAGGAACUGGUCUCCACGCAUGGCUAGUUACCAUUGGAUUUUCCUUCUUUAUGGCCGAGGGCGUAAUGAUCCACUAUGAGGGCAACGUUCUGACCAAUGGAUACAAACGGAAAACGAAAACCACAAUCCAUUGGGUGGUCCUGACCCUGGGCGGAGGCUGUGGAGCAGCAGGUGCCCUCAUCAAGAUGAUCCAAAAGGGAUUUCUGUUGCAAUCCACUCACGGGAAACUAGGGAUGACUGCGUUCGUACUCUGCAUUCUCGCCAUGACAUCCGGAUUAUCCGCUCUAUUCUCUACGCGGGUGAAAAAGCUGAUAACACCACUACUGAACAAAACGUUCCAUAACUUUCUGGGAUUUGCCUGCUUUGUGAUUGCUCUGGUCACCCAGUACUACGGUUACCAGACGGGCUACUUCAAGAGUCGCAGUGAGACGGACUUUCAGAUCCUAAUGAAGUGCCUCACCCUCACAUCCCUGGUCCUCUCCAGCUACGGGCCGAUGAAAGCGCUCUAUCAAAAAAUUAAAAAUAUAUCCCAGCAGUUUUAGGCGGCUGGAUACAGUAAUUAUUUCGAAUUUAAAUAAUGUACAUAUAUGUAUAGAUAGCAAAAAUAUAUUUAAUUUUAUUAGG